GCGCGCGCACACACACGCACACACACACACGCACACACACUCUCACACGCCAGACCUCUCUGGGUUUCUUUUGCCUUGAGUCUCCCAGGGGCUGUGAGAAACCAGGCGCAUCUCAAACCGAGCUGGCAGCUCUAAGCUCCGAAGCCAUGUCCUGCACAAAUCCUCGUCCUUUCCAAGCUCCUGAGGAAUGAAAGGAAUCCAGGGAUCCUCUGACCACAGCAGUGAUGUGGACCAACCCCCUGGAGCCCGCACCCUCCCGAGGGCCAUAGAGGAUCGGUACUGGAGAGAGCUUAAGACAGGAAAUUUCAGCUUCCCCAAAGUCCCCGUGGAUGUUGACAAAAGGAGAUCCGGAUUUUUGGCAGAGGCUGUCCUAGGUUACCCAGCUGCAGAGUAAUUCUUCCUUCUGGCAUUGACUCUCCCCCUCCAACCCCCAGCCGUCCAGAGUACCAUGAAGAAUUAUGAGGAUGUGUGACAGAGGUAUCCAGAUGUUGAUCACUACUGUAGGAGCCUUCGCAGCUUUUAGUUUAAUGACCAUUGCAGUGGGCACGGACUACUGGUUAUAUUCCAGAGGUGUGUGCAGGACUAAAUCUACAAGUGAUAACGAAACCAGCAGGAAGAAUGAAGAAGUAAUGACCCAUUCUGGGUUGUGGAGGACCUGCUGCUUGGAAGGGGCUUUCCGAGGUGUGUGCAAGAAAAUCGAUCACUUUCCAGAAGAUGCAGACUACGAACAGGACACAGCUGAGUAUCUCCUGCGGGCUGUGAGGGCCUCCAGCGUCUUCCCCAUCCUCAGCGUCACGCUGCUGUUUUUCGGGGGGCUCUGUGUGGCAGCCAGUGAGUUCCACCGCAGCCGGCACAAUGUCAUUCUCAGCGCAGGCAUCUUUUUCGUCUCUGCUGGGUUAAGCAACAUCAUCGGCAUCAUAGUUUAUAUAUCAGCCAAUGCUGGAGACCCCGGUCAGCGGGACUCUAAAAAAAGUUACUCCUAUGGCUGGUCCUUUUAUUUCGGAGCUUUCUCUUUCAUCAUCGCGGAAAUCGUGGGAGUGGUCGCAGUGCACAUCUAUAUUGAGAAACAUCAGCAGUUACGUGCCAAAUCCCACUCAGAGCUCCUCAAGAAAUCUACGUUUGCCCGCCUGCCUCCCUACAGGUACAGAUUCCGAAGACGGUCAAGUUCUCGCUCCACUGAGCCUAGGUCCCGAGACCUGUCCCCCAUCAGCAAAGGCUUCCACACCAUCCCAUCCACUGAUAUCUCCAUGUUCACCCUCUCCCGGGACCCCUCUAAGAUCACCAUGGGGACCCUCCUCAACUCUGAUCGGGACCACGCUUUUCUACAGUUCCACAAUUCCACGCCCAAAGAGUUCAAAGAGUCGCUACAUAACAAUCCGGCCAACAGACGUACCACGCCUGUCUGAGCUGACCUCUGACCUCUGUCCCACGCCCAGCACAGCCUUGGGGGAAGUGUACACAGAUGUCUCUAAGGUUGCAUGGCAUGGUCCUCGUGAUGGUAUUACUUCUUACAAAGAAUGAAACCAAAUGGACUCAGCCCUCUCCCACACUGGUCCCUCAUCCCCUACAUCCUAACCCUUCCAUUCUCCAACUUCAUGCUAGUCCCUUAAUGUCAUUCCUCUCUGUGUAUCUGUGCCAGAUGUUUUCUUUUCCUUCCUACUUUGCUGGAAGGACCUCUACAUUCUUCCCUCCUUGGAAGAGGACCUUACUGAAAGUCAAGGCUGGUAGCCAUGGAUGGCUGUUCUCAUUGUCCACUCUCACAAACCCUCAGGAAGCCCACUGCCCAGGUGGUCCUGAGGAAGGCAUUCACCUUUAAGUGUUAGAAAAACAUGACCAGAAAUCAAAGAUGUCAGUGCCCUGAAGCAGCUAAUGUAAUAAGCACUUGUGUUAUUAAAGGUUUCGCCUUGUCGUAA